AAGGUGCGAUAUUAGCUUCGAACGCAUCAUUGAUGCUUUUGGGGGUACUUAACUAUCAUCGUGCGCAAAUGUCGCAUGAUGGACGGAAAUGCGGCGAUCCAUUUGGACGUGGAUAUCCCAUUGCGCACCAUGUCGAAUACAAAACAUGGCGAGGAGAGUACCUCUCCAAUCAGAGACUCUUCAUCGCCUAUCCUGAACGACGCCACGGACAAUUAUGACACUUUUCAGGACGGCAUAGAAGAGGAUGACUAUUCGGCGGCAACAACAUUGCUAGGAGAUGGCAAGUCGUCGGCGCUCGCGUUACCGAACAGUGAGAAGAGGUUCUGGUUCCAGAGGUCUCAUGGUCUAUACAAUCCAGAACAAAUAGCGACUCAGCCAUCUGUCUUCGACGAUCCGGAAACUUUGCAGGAGUACAGACCACCACCUACGUGGGAAAAUGCGCAUCGCUUUGAUCCGAGCGCGCGAUGGACUUGGGGCGAAGAACAUUCCUUAGUGCGCAAGAUCGAUCUUCGUAUCAUGACGUUUACUGCCAUUAUGUUUAUGGCCCUCGAGUUGGACAGAUCCAAUCUGAGCCAAGCUCUAGCAGACAAUAUUCUUGAAGAUCUGCAAAUGACUACGAACGAUUACAACCUCGGGAAUACUGUCUUCAAGCUGGCUUUUCUCUGUGCCGAGCUUCCCUCGCAGCUCGUAGCAAAAUGGGUCGGACCUGACAUCUGGGUGCCCACACAAAUGGUAGUCUGGUCCUUGGUCGGCUCGUUGCAGUUCUACCUGAAGGGAAGGACAUCGUUUCUUUGGUGCAGGGCGCUGCUUGGUAUGCUUCAGGGCGGGUUUAUCCCGGAGGUGAUAUUGUAUCUUUCGUAUUUUUACAAGCACCAUGAGCUUUCUCUACGCCUUGGCUUCUUCUGGACUGCCUCCGCGUUGGCUGAUGUGCUUGGAGGCUUCCUGGCAUUCGGAAUAUUGCACCUUCGUGACGUGGAUAACCAGGCUGGUUGGAGGUGGCUUUUUCUCAUAGAGGGUUUACUCACUCUUGUUGUUGGCCUUCUGGCCUUCCUCCUUAUGCCAUCCAGCCCAACCAGCACUUCUGGCUGGCUACGCGGCCGCAAGGGCUGGUUCACCAAGCGCGAAGAAGUCAUCAUGGUUAAUCGAAUUCUACGCGAAGACCCUAGCAAGAGUUCCAUGCAUAACCGCGAGGCCCUCACCCCGAAGCUUCUCUGGCAAAGCAUGAAAGAUUACGACCUUUGGCCAAUCUACAUCUUGGGAUUGACGUUUCAAACACCCAUGACGCCUACGAACAACUAUCUUACUCUCAUACUUCGGGAUAUCGGCUUUGAUACAUUCAAAACCAAUCUCUUAAUAGUGCCGAGUAAAGUGCUUCACGUGGUGACGAUGCUCGGCCUCACAUAUGCAGCGGAGAUUUUUCGCGAGCUCACUUUGACGUCUCUCAUCGGUCAGCUAUGGGCGCUGCCGUUCAUCAUCAUCUUGAAUGUUUAUGAUCUGACGGAGAUCAAUAAAUGGCUGGCAUGGACGGUUAUGACGCUCCUUCUCUGCUAUCCAAAUGCACAUCCCAUUCAAGUGGGCUGGAAUUCCCGGAACGCAAACAACGUUCGCGCACGCACAGUGUCUGCUGCAAUAUACAACAUGUCUGUUCAGACGUCCGGUAUCAUCGCGGCGAACAUCUAUCGCGAGGACGAUGCGCCCAAGUAUAGGCGUGGAAACCGUGUUGUCCUUAUUUUAUGCAUAGUUAACAUCUUCUUGUACUUGGCAACCAAGGCUUGGUAUGUGUGGAGGAACAGGCAAAGACAGAGGGUCUGGCAUGGUAUGAGUGAGGCAGAGAAGCUGAGGUAUCUGAGAGGAACGAAAGAUGACGGGAACAAGCGACUAGAGUUCCGAUUUGACCAUUGA